UCAACAAUCUCCACAUUCUUUCAUUGAGAAAGAAGAUUAGAUUUAUUCGUUUAUUUAUUUUGCAAGAAGAGAAAGCAAAAUAUUUCGUUUCAUUCUUUCGUAUUUGAAAACUGUUUUUUUUUGCUGUUAAAAUUCAUAUUUGAAAACCUAAUCAGCUUAAUUCGAUAUUAAUCACAAAAGACUUCAAAUUGAUUUAGAGGGGUUCACCAAAAUAUAAAAGAACUUAUAAAUUCUUUAUAACAAUGACGCAAAGGAAGAACAUGUACUCGAAGAAAAACUCUUUCGGCCGAUCUGAUUUUCCUGAGGGUUUCCUCUUUGGUACGGCUUCAUCGGCUUACCAAUAUGAAGGAGCCAUAAACGAAGCUCCUCGAGGAGAGAGUGUUUGGGACACAUUUGUUCGCAAAUAUCCAGAGAGAAAUUGCUACUCUAACGCAGAUCAAGCAAUCGAGUUCUAUAAGCAUUACAAAGAAGAUAUCCAAAGAAUGAAGGAUAUUAACAUGGAUGCUUUCAGAUUCUCUAUCUCUUGGCCUCGGAUUUUUCCUCUUGGAAAGAAAAGCAAAGGAGUGAACAAAGAAGGAAUCAAAUUCUAUAACGAUCUCAUCGAUGAACUCCUCGCUAACGGAAUAACACCUCUCGCCACUUUAUUUCAUUGGGAUACUCCUCAAGCACUUGAGGAUGAAUACAAUGGAUUUUUAAGCGAAGAAGCUGUUGAUGACUUCAAAGAUUUUGCAGCCUUAUGUUUCGAAGAGUUUGGCGACCGUGUAAAAUUGUGGGUCACACUAAACGAACCAUGGGUGUAUAGUAUUGGUGGUUAUGACACGGGAAGAAAAGCCCCCGGACGUGCCUCCAAAUACAUGAACGAAGCAGCCGUGGCCGGAGAAUCUGGUCUCGAGGUUUACACUGUUAGUCACAAUCUACUUCUGGCUCACGCCGAAGCCGUUGAAGUCUUCAGGAACAAUCCCAAAUGUAAAGAUGGCAAGAUCGGUAUCGCUCAUUGUCCCGUAUGGUUCGAACCUUAUGACUCGAACUGCCCUAAAGAUAAAGAAGCAUGCGAACGAGCUAUGGAGUUUAUGUUUGGCUGGCACAUGGAUCCUACGGUGUAUGGAGAUUACCCUGAAGUCAUGAAAAAAUCGAUCGGAAAAAGAUUACCAUCAUUUACCGCAGCACAAUCCAAGAAGCUUAUAGGAUCUUUUGAUUUCGUUGGGGUGAAUUAUUACAGUGCUUUCUACGUCAAAAAUAUUGAUGAAGUGAACCAUGACACUCCCAAUUGGAGAUCAGACGCACGCAUCGAAUGGAGAAAACAAAACAAAGCAGGACAGACAUUAGGUGUAAGAGGUGGUUCAGAAUGGGACUUUCUAUAUCCACAAGGACUUAGAAAGUUUCUUAACUAUGGCAAGAAUAAAUAUGAAAGCCCGAAAUUUAUGAUCACUGAAAACGGACACUGUGAUAUAGAUUACGAGAAAAAGCCGAAACUUUCUAACUUGAUGGAUCUCCAAAGGACAGAGUACCACAAGAAACAUCUCCAAAGCAUCCAACAAGCCAUCCAGGAGGAUGGCGUUGUAGUUGAAGGAUACUUUGCUUGGUCGUUACUAGACAAUUGUGAAUGGAACGCCGGUUAUGGAGUCCGAUACGGACUAUUCUACGUCGAUUACAACAACGGGCUAAAACGAUUCCCGAAAAUGUCAGCGAUGUGGUUCAAAGAGUUCUUGAAGAGAGAAGAAGAAAUUGAAGAUUCAGAAGAAGAGUACGUGUUGAAGUCAACAAUGAACAAAAAGAGAUUUUUAUUAGCAACUGGUUCAGCAGCUUCUUGUUUUAUUCCUAAGAUGUCUGAAUCUUCUAAAGCCCUCGAACUAUUUUUCUAGAUUUUGUUUUUUUUUUUAAUUUGAUUUGUCAAAAAGCUUUGAAGCAAAGCAAAGUAUCUUCAAUAAAGAGGGCUUAAGAGUGCUUUGCGGCGUUAAAGUUUCAUCCA